AUGACUGGCGAUUCAAAGGACAGCCUCAUCUCAGCAUUAUGCGGCCCUGAAAUCUGGCAGUGGGAUUCAAACGGGUCUUGCUCGAUCAGUUUUAAGAAAGAUGGAACUGGCCUCCUUCGGGCUGGGGCAGAAUUGUCCAUCUUUAUCGCCGCCGAGUUUGCCUGGGAGCUCAAGAGUUCAGGGAAUACAGAGGAUAACCCAAGCUUUGACAUCCAAAUCACACUCACGACACGGGUCCAUCCUUAUUUACGAGAGAGUCGUCAGCACUACACCUUGCUCAACGAGCAGGCUCUGACAAGCGCCGCAUUCCAGCCAAAGACCUACACCAUUCGUCUAGAAGAGGGUAGAUUUGAUGAGCCUGCUACCCCCUGGGUGAACUCUCCGCCUUUCUUACAUCGACCUCCUAAAUUCGCGCUCCGUUUGUCAUUUGAUAAGUCACCGUUCCCGCCAUUGGAGGAGUGGAGGGAAGAGGCCAAAUUCGCUGCUGAGCAGUGUCGGUUUUGGGAGUAUAAAGAAUUCGCAGAUAAGGAGGUGCCAAGGGAUGGCGUACUUACAGCACUUUUACACAAAGUGUCAGGAUGA